AUGUAUACAUUCAUCUGUACAGUGCGAGCCAGGCGAGCUACAGCCAUCUACACGCUCAUGUGGAUCAGCGGCUGGGCGUCGUGCGGGCGAGUUCUCCAGUUCAAGAUCUACUGUUUUGUCUUUGGCUGGCUGGGCAGUGCCCUGGUGGUGUGGUCUGCAGGAAUCAUCGUCAUCAUGACCAGCUGCAGCUGAGGCAGCGUAACGAGGUGCGUGUGGCGAGCAGCGUGACAGCCAUCACUGAGCCCCGCAGCACAUCGCUCGUCCUGGGCCGGAGGAGGAUCUUUGGCCGGGUCACGCUCGUCGUCUCUUUCGUCUACGCCUUGUGCUACGCCCCGUUUGUGGUGAGCUUUGCUUGCUUUGGUUUUCAAGGUGGUGAUGAUGGUGGCAGUGAUGAAAAGGGUAGUGGUCUUGCUAAUGCUGCUGUUGCUAUUGUUGUUAUGGUCGGGGUGGUGCUGCGCUUACUCGUUGACACGGUCAACAAUCUUCCUCAUCAGAACAAUCUCAUCCACUCGGUCACAAUGAGCCUCCUCUUCCUCAGCCCGUUACUCAACCCCAUCAUUUACGGCAUUUUCAACAAACAGUUUCGCAAGGCCUUCUUCGGCUUAUUCCAUCUCCGAGUGAAAUUCAGUCCAAACUCUAGAACUAGAAGUGGCACCGCGGACCCGCGCGUUCACAACCGGCACUCUUCCACGCGGGGCGGUGCGAAUCGAGGCACUUCCAACAGAGGAGAAAUGUGCAACCGGAAGUCGUCUGCAAAUCAGCUGGCUGCGGAGCAAAGUUUCGCCCGAGGCGGCGGGAGAUCGCUUUGUACUGUGACUGUGACAACAACGAUCAUGGACAAUUACUCGGAGUAUUCUCCCACCACCGUAAAUCCAUCAUAG